AUGGGUCAAGCUAAUAGUAGCACUAGCCUUAUUGACAUUGAUGCAAUGAGGAAGGGUGCUCAGAUCAAUAGGGACCAGAGUUCUUGUCUGAUCAAUCCUGUGACCAGAGUUGAGAUAGAGCAAGCACUUAAUGGUAUUGGUGAUCAAAAAUCACCUGGCAUGGAUGGCUAUUUUAGCUUGGGAUUGAUGGAAGAUCGCAUGGCCAAGAGGUGUGAAAAAGGAAGCAAAAAGCCAAGAAGGAACAUAUGGGCAGAGGCGGACACGUUUAGCUUGGGAUUGAUGGAAGAUCGCAUGGCCAAGAGGUGUGAAAAAGGAAGCAAAAAGCCAAGAAGGAACAUAUGGGCAGAGGCGGACACGAUAAUGACUCAGAGGCUGGGGAAGAUUCUACCUACUAUUGUUGGAGCUAAUCAAGCAGCUUUCAUUCCUGGACAAGUGAUACAUAAUCAUAUCCUCAUGGCAUUUGAGUUGAUGAGAGGUUAUACUUGGAAGGGAGGGACACCAAGGUGUAUGCUACAGCUAGAUCUCCAAAAGGCUUAUGAUAUGGUAGAGUGGUAA